CGAUCCGCAGCCACCAGCGAGCGGCCACCUGUCAUGUCGGCGCCCGGCGUGCACUACGGCCUCCCGCGGCAUCGGCGGAGGUGGCGCCUGUACUGGUGCUACGUGUGCCGCCGCGCGCUGCGCACCGUCGUCUCCUCCCCGACCUCUGACGUCUUCUGCCCGCGCUGCCUCGGCCGCUUCCUCCACGAGAUAGACCUGCCGCCAAUGCCCCGCGGGGCGCCCACGACUCACCCGCACCCAACGCCCACGGCCGAGCACGAGCAGCUCCUCCAGCCGCCCUUCCUCCCGUACGAGCCUCCCCGCCGCUGGAUCAUAUACGCCGGCGGAGACGGCGCGGCCGACGCGCCCCGUGCGCGCCCGCGCCGUGUCCCGUCCCCGCCCCCGGCGCCGAGGACACGACGAAUGCACGGCGCCGAUGCCGAUGCCGAUGCCGGUCCACGGGCGGACAUCGUCGACCCGUCGGAGUUCUUCACGGGGCCGGACCUGAACGCGCUCAUCGAGGGGCUCACGCAGAACGACCGCCCGGGCCCCGCGCCCGCGCCGGCGUCGGCCAUCGACGCGCUCCCGACGGUGCGCGUCUCGCCCGCGCACCUGUCCUCGGACUCGCAGCAGUGCCCCGUGUGCAAGGAGGAGUUCGAGCUCGGGGAGGCCGCGCGGGAGCUGCCGUGCAAGCACGCGUACCACUCCGAGUGCAUCGUGCCGUGGCUCCGGCUCCACAACUCGUGCCCGGUCUGCCGCCAGGAGCUGCCGGUGCCGGACGGCGGCACUAAUGGCGACGGCGGCGGCGUUGAGAGAAGAGGCGGGGAGGGGGAGGAGCCGCCGGAGCCGGGGCAGGUGUUGGCCGGCUGGGGACCGCUGGCUUGGCUGCUGUUGCUGGGGCAAAUGGGCGCGGACGGCUUGGAGCAUAGGCAUGGGGGGCGCGAGAGGGGAGAAGCGGAUGCCGAUGAUGCAGGCGGCAACGGAGGUUCAAGUGCCCCCACGAUCCUGCAGUCGUUUGUGCUCGUCGCCGCUUGCUUUCUCUUCGCCUCUUUUCUUCUUUAAGAUAAGAUGAGAAAUGGCAGGCCGGGAAGCAGGCCAGAAGGCACGAGUCACAGGCCGCUUGAAUUCAGAAAGAUAUCGAGAAGCAGCCCAAUGUCAUCUCUUCAGAAAAAGAAGUCCGGCGAAAAUUUCAUAUUACUUCUAGACACGAUGCAUCAAACUUGCAGAUGGGCCGAACGAUUGUUUCCUCUAAAAGAAGGUUGGGCACUCAUAUUGGCCUAAAACUUCUGUACAAAGGUUCUAAAAAAACAAACUUCUGUACAAAGCUAACACUUCAGUUAUGUAAUUUCAGUGAUUAGCGCACACACGAUAAAUUUGUUAGCGACCGGCUAUAAAAAAUCGAAGUUUGAUACAGUAUUAAUCAAGGGGUUUCAUUCCUUGACACCCCUUUACGAAAAUACGGCAAAAUUGACUGCCUUCAUCAGUUGAAA